CUAUUCCUAGAUGUUGAUGAUGGCAAGAAGCUUUUUACGAAAAAUUCUUACCAAUAUUUUCUUGGUAUUGGUCCUAACCACAGCCAUGUAUGCAGCUAAAGCUACGAACCUUAAAGAAACCAAGCUAUCCUUUUACCUUCAUGACAUCUCAGCCCUCUGCAACCCCAAUGCCACGGUGAUCCCAGUUGCAGGCAUUGCUGGCAAGGCUUGGACAUUCACCCAAUUUGGCACCAUCUUUGUCGUCGACGACAAUAUCACCGAAACCCCAAAUCCAAAGUCACCCAAAGUUGGGCAAUAUCAAGGCCUGUACGUGACAGCCGCGUUGGAUGGGUUGGAUUCAUUUACUACGGCAUCAAUAGUGUUCAUAAAUAAAGAGUACAAUGGAAGCACCAUACAAAUACAAGGUAUUAAUAAUAAUGCGCCUGUUACAGAGGUUGCGGUGGUGGGCGGGACUGGGAAAUUCCGAUUUGCUAGGGGCUAUAUAACUUCUAAGACAUAUUCCUUAGACAUUGCUACCCAAAACUCGGUUGUCCAGUUGAACGUCAUGGUGCAACAUUACUAGUUGAAAAUAUUGAUGGGUCAUAGAUAAAAGAUAUGGACCAGUUGCUGCUGUUGAAUAAGAAUUGCCAUAAUAAUAAUCGUUUAUGUGCUAUAUAUACUCCUAUUUGUGUUUAUGAUUUAAAAGCAAUAAUAUUGCUGU